AAGCCAGAAUACAAAUGAGAAUCUGAUUAUGUUCGAUUCUGAGUUUGAUGUGUAAAAGACACCAAAACAAUUACUUAAAACAUAAAUAAACAAAUAAAAAAAUUGUAAAGAUGAAUCUUACUGGUAAAAAUGUAGUUUUUGUUGCCGGUUUAGGUGGCAUCGGUUUUGAAACCUGUAAAAUAUUAAUGUCUAAAAAUUUAGCUUACUUGGUAGUUUUAGACGUAAUAGAGAAUCCUAAAGCAAUACAAACUCUAGAGGCGAUUAAUGACAAAACUAAAGUUAUCUACAUGAAAUUCGAUGUCACGGACAAGACAUGUAUCGUAAAUACGUUUAAUCAAAUUGCCAGCAUUAUGAAGUUCAUUGAUGUGUUGAUAAAUGGUGCCGGUGUUAUUUUGGAUAGAAAUAUUGAGCUUGCAGUUAACAUAAAUUUAAUUGGUCUUAUUAAUACCACCAUGGAAGCGCUUCCCUAUAUGGAUAAGGCGCAAAAUGGACGAGGUGGUGUGCUAAUGAAUCUUGCUUCAGUUGUGGGAUUAGAACCCAGUCCAGCCGUUGCUAUAUAUAGUGCAACUAAAUUUGGUGUUGUCGGAUUUACACGAUCUCUGUCGGAUCCAUAUUAUUACCAUCGUACUGGUGUUGCUGUUACAUCAAUAUGUCCUGGGGUAACCGAAAGUCCUAUGAGUACCAAUCCAACAAUUAGCGACACAUUUGACUACUCCAAACCCCUAACCGAAAAAUUUUUCUCUGCACCGAGUCAACCUGCUGCAGUCUGUGCUGAACACUUGAUAAAAAUAAUUGAGAUGGCAGAAAAUGGAUCAAUGUGGAUUAGUAGCCGAGGAGAAAUGACCAAAGUGGAACACAAAGUUCACUGGACACCCUAAAUUAAGCCACAAAUUAUAAUACAUAUGUUUAAAAUAUAGCUUUAUCAAUUUCAGAAAAUUA